AAAAAACAUUGUUAGCGCAACAAAACGCAGACGCAGCAGCAGCAGCAGCAGCAGCAGUAGCAACGCUGAAAUAGAAAAAUCAAAAACUUUUGACGCCGCAAACUUUACUGCAUUAAUACCGUAAAUUUUUUUAUCGCCGCCGCCACCGAAAUGAAAGCAUUUGGAAAUUUGUGCAUUGGCUUUGCACUGAUUGUGAUUAUUGCCUGCCUUAUUGGUGCCGAAGGAUAUGCCAUGCGUGGCGGUGCACGCGGUUUCCGGCCGGACGAAGUGCCAGAGGAGGUGCCGCAGGAGUUUAAUGCGAGGGUGCGCCGUGCUGCAGAUGACGAAGUACCCGAAGAAGUGCCGGAGGGACAGCGAGCGCGGGCCCGACGUGCUGCAGAUGACGAAGUACCCGAAGAAGUGCCGGAAGGACUUCGCGAGCGAUUCCGUCGCGCGGUGCAAAAGUCUCUAGAUGACAUACCAGAGCAAGUGCCACAGGAGCUAGAGCACCGCGAAAGGUUCCGCCGCUCACCAACUCAGGCAGCUGAUGAGGUGCCAGAGCAAGUACCCCAGGAACUGUAUGGAGUCAGGCGCCGCCGCUCUCCACAAAUGCCAGCACCUCCAGAUGGCAUGCCAAUGCCGCCAAUGCCGCCCAUGCCACCAAUGCCUCCAAUGCUACAAUAAUUCUUUAUAAACGAGAUUUUGUAGGCAGGACAGAGCGUUAAGAGCAGAUGUAUGACCGUUAGCAAAGCUUAAAUUAUUCAAAAAUAUCUCAAAGCCACCGAAUUUCGCACAAACUAUGUAUGUACAGAGAACAGCCGACUUUUAAUAUUUGUUUUAUU